GUUGAUGUACAUUUUGGCUAUAUUGUGUAUACACAUUACACAUUAUGCAGAUCGUAGAUGGUUUGCGUGCCUAGGUUGCUGAUGCUCUGCGUCGCCAUCGUCAGCUCCGGGCGCAUAUCGCAGUGUUUCAUACAGAAUGGAAGGAAUCGUGAUAUUGUUAUCUACCACCGGGAAUACAAAGGUACACCAAUGGAUAUGAUUCCCGACCCCAAAUUACAUGAAUUCAAACUCUUCUCGGAAAAAAGGCACAAAGAGGCAAUGCUGGGAAGAAAGUUUAACAAGAAGGGUAGUUCAUCGCAAAUUCGGCACUAUCGUAUAGUUGGCCGAGGAGGUGGCCUUCCACGACUGCAUAAAGUCAGUGGCACUCCCACUAAACGUAUUAAACUACCUGCACGACGAUGCAUGAUAUUGGGGAAGAUGGACAACACUAAGGCCAGAAAUAUUAGCCACUCAGGGAAGAAGUCACAUGACCCACAGCGCCUUAAUCUACAAACAAAGCGUAUUUGGUGCGCAAGUAAAGGCUAUUACGUACGCCUUAGGAUAUCUAUGAGGGGACUGAAGACCAUUAAACGCCUAGGUCUAGAGGAAGCGGCAAGACGAUUCAACCUCAACUUGAACAACCCCAAGUUAUUUGCAGGUUAUGCCAAUUUGAAACCUAGCAAGCCGAAGCAACCUGUUAUGCUACAGGAUGUCGACACCGAGAGCGUUAUAAGUAACUGAAUUCA